CGGAGCUAUGAGGACUUUAAUUAUCAGAAAUCUGUCGGACAUCAUUUGAAUAGUAUGCAUUCAGAUGCUGCUUUCAUCUGUCUAUGGAUUCUUAUCACAAAUGGUGUGUUUGAUGUUAAAACAGAUGAAGUGAAGUCAGUGUCAGUGACUGAGGGAGAUUCUGUCUCUCUAAACACUGAUGUUAAAGUACAGAGAGACGAUCAGAUUCUGUGGAUGUUUGGACCUAAAGAGAGUCGAAUAGCUGAAAUCAUUAAAAUUGACCAAAUAAACUUUAUUUUUGUCAGUGAUGAUGAGAGAUUCAGAGGGAGACUCCAGAUGGACAAUCAAACUGGAUCUCUGACCAUCAGAAACAUCAGAUCUGAACACACUGGACUUUAUAAACUGACCGUCAUCAUCAGUGGAGAAACCUCACUGAAGAGCUUCAGUGUAACGGUGUAUGCUCCUCUUCCCUCUCCUAUCAUCACCAGUAACUCUUCAAACUGUUCAUCAUCAUCUAAACGUUCAUCAGUGUCUAAUUGUUCACUGCUGUGUUCAGUUGUGAAUGUGAGUGCUGUGACUCUCUCCUGGUACAAAGGAAACAGUUUAUUGUCCAGCAUCAGUGUGUCUGAUCUCAGCAUCAGUCUCUCUCUACCUCUGGAGGUGGAAUAUCAGGAGAACAACAUCUACAGCUGUGUGAUCAACAAUCCCAUCACAAACCAGACCACACAUCUCAACAUCACUCAACUCUGUCACUCAUGUGCAGGUACAAUAACCUAUGAUUAA